AUGAUUUAAUUUACUAUUAUUGAAGCCACAUAUACAUUUGUUGCUAACAAUGAUGGUAAUUUUGAUGGUAUUAAAUUAAUAAAUGUAUUAGAUUGGGUUAUAUAUAAUUCAAAUUCUCACCUCAUAACGAAUUGUGGAGAUCAAGCAAUUUUAGGUGGUAUCGAUUCAUUUAAUGAAUAUACUAUCAUUAGUAGAAUGUUUAAUGAUUUGAAUCCUCAUUAUUAAAUUCGACUAGAUUUCUGGAUUUGGAUGUAAAUUAAUAUUUUAUUAAAAGAAUAGAUUCAAAUUCAAUUACAGAUAUAGAAAUUGAAUUGGAUUAACAGGAUUAUAUAGAAUCAAUAUCUUCAUAAUUACUUUAAGAAGUAAAUUAUUGUGGAUAAGACGAUAAUGAAUCUAUUAAAAAAAUAUCAUUUAUAUUAACACAUACUAAAUAAAUAGGAAUAUUAUUUGCUAAAUUCAAGUAUAAUGAUUAGUAAAGAGUAAAAUUUAAUGAAUUAUUGAUAGAUACAAUGGGGUAUGUAAAGGAUGGAGUUAAACUUAGAUUUGUGUUCGUUAGGAUGUUCUUAUUGUACUGGCCAUAAAGAAUCUGAUUGCUAAAACUGGCAAAAUUUGUCUUUUGAUUUUCCGAUAAAUUUUUUCCUUAAUCCAAUUACAUUUCUUAGUAGUUAAAUUUAUGAAUUUAGUUAAUAUUAUGAAUGUUAAAGAUGUGAUUCAACAAUAAUCAUAGAAAUUGUUCAAACAAACUCAAACACUCAUAUUUUAUCAAAGUAAUAUGAUAAUUGUAUAUUAUAGUUAAUAGUAUAUCAUCAAUGAAGACAUAAUCUUAUAAUUGUACGAUGAUGGGUCUUUGAAAAUUAUAUUGAUAGAGAAAUAUGGAAUAGCAGAAUUUAAUUUCAGAUUGUUCUCUAGGUAGGAACAAUAUAUUCAAUAAACUCAAAUAUAAUACUAAAUAAAAUAUCAUGAGCAUGAAAACAUGUACCCAUUUAUGCCUGGUUGUAUAUAUUACUUAAAUAAGGAGUGUAUACAAUGUAAUGAUGGCUGGGAAUUUAAUAAAAUAGAUUCAUUAUGUUAGCCGAUUUGUGGUAAUAACAAAAUUGAAGGAUAUGAAGCAUGUGAUGAUGGGAACAAUAAACCUUAUGAUGGAUGUUUUGAAUGCAAAUAUUAAUGUAUUUAAGAUUGUAUGAAUUGUCAAAAUGGAAUUUGUGUACAGUGUACAUAUGGAUUUAAAUUAGAUGAAUAUGGGAAAAAAUGUUAGCCUAUUUGUGGAGAUGGAAUAUUAGUUCCACAUACAUCAGAAUAUUGCGAUGAUGGUAACUAAAAUCGACAAGACGGAUGCUUUAAUUGUAUGUAUGAAUGUAAUUUAUUCUGUUCAAUUUGUAUUUAAUUUGAAUGUUAUUAAUGCGAAGUGGGAUUUUACUUGAAGAAUGGUGUCUGCAAUCCUAAAUGUGGGGAUUAAAUUAUUUUACCGGAUUUCGAGGAAUGUGAUGAUGGUAAUGAUAAAAAUGACGAUGGGUGUCAUGAAUGUAAGUUAGUUUGCGAUAAAGGAUGUGAAGUUUGUGAAUAAGGUAAAUGUCAAAUUAAUUGUGAACAAACAUACGGAAUAGGAUUUUAUUAUAUUAAUGAAUAAUGUCAAUCAAUAUGCGGAGAUAGUAUAAUUACGGUAACAGAAGAGUAUGAUGAUGGUAAUAACAUUUAAUUUGAUGGUUGUUUUAAUUGUUAAUAUUCUUGUGAACAAAAUUGUUUGGAUUGUUAAUAAGGAUCAUGUCUCAGAUAUCAAAAUAAUUGUGGUAAAGUGAAGGUAUAAGAUUAAGAGCAGUGCGAUAAUGGGAAUGAAGAUUAAAAUGAAGGAUGUUUUAAUUGUUUUCUCGAACCUGGGUGGAAAUGCGAAUAAAUAUAAAAAAACGAUUUUUGCAACUUAAAUACUUCUCCUGUAUUUAUUUAUAAUUAUUUAUCAAUAUGGAAAAAUCAAUAAUUAGUGUUAUUUCAGUUUUCAUAAAAAAUUAAAGUUAUAAAUGGAAUUAAUUUGACAGAAUCUAUGAUAUUAGAAGUAAAUAAUAUCUCAAAAAAUCAAUAUUAAUUGACAAUUAUUGAUAAACUAGAGCCUUUAUAAGAUAGAGUUUAAGAUGUAUAUUAUUUAAUAUAAAUUGAAAUAAACUCAUAAAUUGAUUUUAAACCUUACCUAAAUAUUGAUUUAAAUGCUACUAUUCUUAAUAAUGAUAAUGAUAGAAUAGAAGAAUCAUAAUAUCAAUUAAAAUUGGAAGUACCACAAUUUUUAAAUCAAAAAGAAAAAUAAUUUAGUAAAAAAACAAAAGAGAUAAAUUCAUACUUGAUCUAUAUUUAAAUUGCAAUUGGAAUCAUUUCUUUGGUUUUAGGAUAACCAACAGCAUUUUUUGAAAUAUUGGACAUUCUCCAAUUUUUCUCAUAUUUUAAGUAUAUCUGUGUUUCUUUUCCAUAAAAUUUAGAGAUAUUUUUUGAAAUUGGUAAUCUAAUAACUAUUUCUCAAAUAUAUGUUGUCAUCAACUUUGAAGAAAUUUAUGAAAAAAUAAUUCCCUAAUAUGAUAUUACUCCAUAAUUUGGAAAAUUUUUAAUUUUUGGAUUAAAUGCAGAUUUGUUAUCAAACACAAUCCCUUAAAUGAUUUAAUUUUUAUUAAUUAUACUAUGUACAAUAUCAAGUAAUUUUAUUUACAGAUUCAUCUACUUCAUAGUUUUGAAUCAUCAAUUUGUUGUGUGCAUGACUUAUUUGUUUUCUAAAAUCAAUAGUAAAUAUAUUGUUGCAAUAAAAAAAUUAAUAUAUUAAGGAAGUAGAAUAUUCAAUAGAAUGAGAAAACAUCUUAAUAAGAAAAAUGUAACAAAUUUAAUGAUUAUUAAUGGAUGGGAUCUAAUUUUUAAAUCCCUUCUCUACCUAAAAUCAUUUGACAAUUAUUCACUCAGAAAUUUGAUCUCAAUUAUUCUUGCUUGUUUCAUCUUGGCUUUUUAUGGAUUUAUAACCCUUAAUUAAAUAAGCAAUGUUUAAUUUUAGAAGAAAAAGAAAAAUAUGAUUCUUGAAUAAUAAUAUGAGUCUUUUAAUUUAAUAAAGUAGAUUAUAUUUUUACUUGCUUUAAUUUUGAUUUAAACAUCAGAUAUCAUUUAAAUAGCAUUAAUGCUAGCGAUUAGUUUAACAUCAAUAUUGGUAAUAUUAACUAAAAGAAAGAAUAAUUAGUUUCAAGAUUUUAUUUCAAUCAUUUUACAAGAAGGAUCAAUAUUAAUAUUUAUUUUAAGUUCCUUAGCUUAUGCAAAAGAUUUUUCUUCUACUUUAUCUUAUAAUAUAAAACUAAUAAUUGGAUGGAUUCACAUUUUUCUCUUUUCAUUUAUUCUUAUCUUAAAAAUUAUAAGGAAUGCUAAAAAUAUAAUCUUUAUGUUGUAAAAAAUUAUGGCUAGUAAAAAACAAUAAAGUUUCGAAUUGAAGUUUUGA